GCUGUUGGUGUAUUUCUAGUAGGUCAUGAGGAUAAUGAAAUCGAGAUGAUGGAAGUCAUUGAUAACGAUUUUUAUAUUUAUGCAAAAGAUAUUAAUUUCGUUGAUAUUAGUUGUUUCAAGCGAAAAAUUUUUGAUGAUAGUAGUUUUUGCGGUUCUACAGAAUCUGUUAAUUCAAUUCGUGCAAAGCUUCUUUUUACUCACCGAAAUGUUAAUGAAAAUUCUAAAGUUAUCUCUAAUAUUGAGGAAUCAUCUUCAGCGGUUCUUAUAGAUUGUUUGGCAUCAGUUGAAGAUGAUGAUGAGUCUGUUGAAUCUACGAAUGUUUUUGGGUGUACAGAGAAUAAUUAUACGAAGUCUGCUAGAAUUGGUAGUUCUUGUGAUAGCUUUCAGGAAGAUAAGAUUGAUAAUAAGAUAAAAA